AUGAACGCCCCGAGGAUACUCACCCGCCUGGCGAUCCGCCGCUCCUGCACCGCGAUGCAAUGCGCCUACUCGCCCUGCGUCGCCGGCCGCCGAGCCUACGGCAGCCCGUCCUUCCAGUCCUAUCCUCUCUACCCCAACACCACGCCCCCGCCACCGCGUGCCGACGGCGCAGAGGGCUCGAUCGCGCAGCCGGAUCCCCUCCCGAAGGUCAACGAGACGAGGCCGCCCAAGAUCUCGCAGCUCGCCACACCGCAGCAGCAGCAGCAGUCUUCUACCCAGCCAUCAACGACACCCACAAAGCCCUCCACAGCCGAGCCAACACCAACAGCAGCCGCAAAGACCACGACGUCAUCGACGCCCGCGACGAAGCCGACCCGCCCGCGGUCCAAGCUGCGCGCGCGCAAGGCGGCGAUGAAGCUGACGCCCGCGGCGGUGGAGCAGCUGCGCGCGCUGUUGGACCAGCCGGAGCCGAAGCUGAUCAAGGUCGGCGUGCGGAACCGCGGGUGCUCAGGGCUGGCGUACCACCUCGAGUUCGUGGAGAAGCCGGGCAGCUUCGACGAGGAGGUGGUGCAGGAUGGCGUCAAGGUGCUGAUUGACAGCAAGGCGCUGUUCAGCAUCAUCGGCAGCGAGAUGGACUGGGUCGAGGACAAGUUGAGCCAGCGGUUUGUGUUUAAGAACCCGAACAUCAAGGAACAGUGUGGCUGCGGCGAGUCGUUCAUGGUAUGA